CCAACAAACUACAAGCCUCCACCAGAGAAGAGUCUUGAGGAGAUGAUCAACCAGGAUCAGGACGAUGAGUCUCUCCGCAAGUACAAGGAAACCCUUCUCGGAGGCUCAGCUGGUGGUGCUGUUAUUGUGGAUCCCAGUAACCCAAAGCGUGUGCUGGUCAGGAAGUUAGUGUUGGUUGCAGAGGACCAACCUGAGAUGGUGCUUGAUCUCACCACAGCAUUGGAUACUCUUAAGGAUAAACCAUUUACUAUAAAGGAGGGCAUUAGCUACAGGAUUCGCAUUGAGUUUCAUGUGCAGCGAGAAAUUGUGACUGGACUGAAAUACAUUCAGCGAAGCUAUAGGAAGGGCAUUGCUGUGGACAAAAUGACACACAUGGUUGGAUCAUAUGCUCCUAAGGAAGAGAUUCAAUCCUAUACAACACCCAUGGAAGAUGCCCCCUCAGGUCUUAUUGCACGUGGGCAUUACACAGUCAAGUCCCUCUUCACUGAUGAUGACGGCAAUGAACACCUGAAGUGGGAGUGGUCCUUUGACAUCAAGAAAGACUGGAACUGAACACUAGCGGAAGGUGUAAGGCAGUGAACAACCAAGUAGAAUGGAAGGGAGGUUAAGAGUGGAUUGUAUUGUUCAAUCAGGGAAUAAAUGAGUUUUUUGGCCUGUUUUAUAUUACUAUAAUGAAUGUUUGAAGCAUGGAGAAAAUAUAGAAAAUAAAAUGAAUUUAUGUAUUUUUUGAAGUCAUCGUAUCUUAUGGCCAAAUUGUGCCUGUGUUAAGGGCCUUGAUAGUUUGGUAAGCAUCAACAAUAACUAACAUUUCUGUAGGUAAGUGUGGUUAUAUAACUAUAUAGCAUAUCCAUAAAUGGAAUUGUGUGCUCAGGCAUUCAGUGACAAUAGGAUUUAUCAUAUAAGCCUUUUUUAGGUUUUGUUUUUGCUGCCCCCUUUCUUUUUCAUAUAUAUCAUUGGUCAUUGUAGGCAUUCCCAGUAACUUGGAGCAAAAGGUGACUAGCUUUUCUUUCCAACAACCAAAGCUGUACUGUCUAGGGUUACUUCAUGGAGAUGAUAAUUAGAGUAAAGUAUUAUGCAUUAGAUAUAGGACUUCAGUAUGAUGUUUGAUUUUUGUGAUUUACCAGUGAUACUUUGUCACAUACCCCUCAUGGUUUGUUGCCCAUAACAGCAUUGAGGCUGUCAAGGUGACUGGGUGAAUAAUACGCACAAUCUAGAAGUGUUCCCAAAGCUUCCCUGUUGGAAUGGUGUUAUGGAACUUGUACUGGUACCAGUGAUUUACUCUAUCCAAUCCUCUCUCACCUCUUUACAUCUUUCCUCUUACAAGGCUUUUAUAAAAAUUCCAAAUUACGUGCUCUAAGCAUUCCAAGCAUCUAUAGGCAACAGAAUUGUAAUCCAGUUAUUUUUCUGAAAGGAGAAUUGCAUGAAAAAAGAUUGCUAGAUGUGACAUAUUGUUUGAUCUCCCCUUGAAAUUGUAUUUCCAUCUCUCCUUUUCAGUAUCAGAUUAGCAAUGUGAACCAGAUUUGAAAGCCAGGAGACUAUUGUGCCAUUAAUAGAUAAUAAGGAUUGCAUGAUUUAUUUAAUAAACAGAGUAGGGAGAACUUGUGUAUUGUAAACCACUUGCUCAGAACAUUUCCUCAUAUUUUGUCUCCUGAUACAAUAUUGAAGUCUUACUAGUCAUUAUUUGAAAAAGAUGUUUGUUUCAUCAAAAUUUUAUCUUUAGAUAAGUCACUGUACUUAAGACAGAGUGAUAACAGGAGACUGUACAGAUCUCUUAAUAGUUUAGGCAAAAGGAGCAUUUUUACAAUUUUCAUAAACUUACAGUCAUGAUAGACCAAAUAGGAAAUGUACAAGCUAUUUCCUUUUUUCAUCUAUUAAUUUUCAGCAUGUGGUUUAUAGGCAUAGGUGCUGUAUGUAAAAGAGCUAAGCCACUAUAGUUUGCGUUAACUUAGAGAUCAGAAUCACACCAUAGAAACAUGGAGGCCUGUUCAUGAAUGAUAUGCUUCAUGAAUGCUCAGUCUUCUGAUAAUUCCUGGGUCUGUGAUAAAAUUUUUGGUACUAACUUUCUUACUUGCUUUUUUCACUUUUUUAACGGCUGUAGUUGUGGAUGAGGGUUACAUAAAAUGGUCUUGGUGACAUUUAUGUUUCCUGUGGCAUGGCUUUGGUUUGUUUAGUUUCCAGUAAAGUAGUAAGGGUUGUAUGAAUUGUACCUGCACAAGAGGUUAUUCCUCAUGGUGUUCUACAGUAGAUUUAUGUGAUUAUUUUAAUCAUGGCUGUUUUACUGAAUAUUUGCAUUUUCUUGUGUUUCAAGUUUUUUUUGUCAUACAAGAUUGAUAUCAUCAAGUAGUAAUUUUGCAAAGGAUUGACGAAGGUGUUUAAGUUUGCUGAUAGGAAUGUAUUGUGUGAUGGAACUGCUGUGAAGAGGAGUACAUGUAGGCUAAAUUGGGGAAACUUGUUGAUUUAUUGAGUUUAGAUACCUGUCUAGGUACCAUUAGCUAGGCCUGUAACACAAUACUGUUAUCAAUAAUACAAUAUGUGCGAUGAUACUGUUGUAAUCAAGUAAACCAUUCAUAAGUAGAUAUGACUCAAAAGUCAGGUUUGAUUUUUAAAAAAAAGAUUGUUCUGAACAUAAAAAUGAAGAAAUUGUAUAUUGGCUUGAAUUAUUUUGCAAUGAGUUGUCAAUGAAUAUAGGUCAAAACCAAUGAAAUGGGAAGUGUAACCAUCUACUCUAAACACUGUUAAUUGAACGAAUUGACAGUAGGUUGAACUAGUAUCUGCAGGUAGAUCAUUUAUGUAACACCCACCUUGCAGUACCAUUUGCUAAAAGAAUGUUGUGGGGCAAUAAACAUUUUUAAUUUUU